CACCACAUAACUAAUCUCUACUCACCGCAGCCCACAUGGCUUGAUCUGUAUACUAACCUUCCAUAUCACUUAACAUAGCACAGAACAGUAUCUCGCCUUGUCUGAACAUUGUCACAUUCCAACCAACAUGACCCAAGACACAACGUCGCCCACUGCUGCCCCUACCAAUACUUUACAGCUGACCCUCACACAUCACGGAAAGCCUAUAGUACUCGACUUCCCACAAGAUGCCACUCUCUCCCAACUUUCAGAAAAAGUCUCAGAAGAACUGUCAAUACCGCCCGCAAAUCAAAAGUUCCUUAUCGCAAAGCAUGGUCUCCAAAAGCUCCCGUUCAAGAAUCCUGACCUUCCUUUGUCCGAACUCACAACCAAGAAGAUAACCCUCUUGGGCAGCACAAGUGAUGAAGUCGCUUCGCUGAACGCCAGUAUAUCCACCGCCUCCGCGCCGCGGCGGCCGGGUCCUAUCAAGGCUGCAUUGCCAGCACGAAACCGUGACUACAAGAGGAUACAAGACGAGGCGCAAUACACCUUCCACACCCUCCGGCCUCUCCCCUACCUCCCGAACCCCGAGCGAUCGCUACGAUUCCUCGAGCGUCUCCGCGACGACGCCGGCAUCAAGGCCGCGAUGCGCACGCACAAGUUCAGCGUACCUCUGUUGACGGAGAUGGAUCCCGCGAUGCACACAACACACGAGUCGCGCACGCUUGGUCUGAACAGGAACCAAGGCGAGGUCAUCGAGCUGCGGCUUCGUACCGAUGCAUAUGAUGGGUACAGGGACUACAAGACGAUACGGAAGACGCUUUGUCACGAGCUGGCGCAUAACGUCUGGGGACCGCAUGACAAGAACUUCUGGAAUCUCUGUAAGCAGAUUGAGAAAGAAGUGGACCGGGACGACUGGCGCGCUGGAGGUCGGAGUGUAGGUGACGUAGAAUACUACGAUCCUGGGGAAGAGGAGGUCUACGAUCACGGCGGAUGGACUGGCGGAGAGUUUGUGCUAGGUGGCAGUGGAGGAGAGACUGUCGUGAGCAGCGCUAGCGGCAGUAUUCCAGCAGGAAAUCUCAGCCGAAGAGAAAUCCUAGCGAGAGCAGUCGAAGAGAGGAUGAAGAAGUCGAAGCAGCUUGAGGAGGAGAGUAAAGAUGCAGGCGGAAGUUCUGCGUCAUGAGCACCUUGGUGCAGAUUGUUUGCUUGACAAUUAUUUGCGCCCAUCCCAGUUAUGCUUCCAAGCGUCCACCACGACCAUACAUGCCGCAUUGUAUUUAGCGUAAGCUUCAAUUUACAUACAUCUUCCUGCAUAUGACCAGUUGUUCUCCGUCUGUUUUCGACAUCAAGAAUACCUCUAUCUCGUACAGCUCCAUUGAUCGUUCUAGUUGCCUGGGCGUACUAUUUUUGACAAUUGUUAUUCAAGCGGAUACUCGCAUUGUCUAGCUAUUUUCACACAGCUUUGUCCAGCAAGCUUUGUCAACAACGUCC